AUGGGGCUGCCUGUUUGUGAAGAAAAACACCUGAAGGAGACGGCAGAAGGAGCCGUGCGCCGCGGUCGCAUCACGAUGUGCUCGACCGCCGGGUUGCCGCCCACGGGCGUCUGCCUCGCUUUCCGGGUGACCCGGGUGGACCCGCCCCGGUCCGGCUCCGUGCUGGUCAGGCUGUGGGGCCGCUUCCAGCAGCGGGAAAGGCAGCCCGAGUACCAGAGGCUGCACAGCGACAUACAGAGCUGGGCCAAGGCGGCCCGGCUGGUCGGCGGAGCAGGCGGGGCCGGGCGCAGCGUGCCGGUCCCUCCCCUGGAGGCCAACGAACGAUGCCUGGUGGACAUGGGCGGCGAGUGGCACCGGGCCCGCGUGCUGAGCCGCGUCGGCGACGAUUAUACUGUCUUCACCCUGGACGAGGGGCGUGCGCUGCCAGUCCGAGCCCGCAGCCUGGACCGAGGCAAGAAGGACCUGUUCCAGCUGCCACCUGAGGUGGUCUGCUGCAUCCUGGCCAACUUGGUGCCGGCAACUGGGCCCGGAGCCGGUGGCGGCAGCGGCAGCAGCUGCAACGCCGCCGCCGUCGAGGAAGUGGAGGAGCGGGAGGAUGCGGAGCAAGACAAGGUACCGGAGGACGGCGAGGACGGCGGUAAGCAGCGGGGCGGCGCGGCCUCCUGGCCGCCGGGGGCGCUCUCCUUCUUCCGCGCCCUGCAAGGGCGGACCCUGGAGACGCAGGUGGAGGCCGUGCUGCCCAACCGCCUGGUGCUGGUGGAGGUGGCCCGCGUCUCGCGGCAGCUGUGCGAACUGGGUCUGGCCAGGGCCAUCGACCGGAGCGCCUUCCGGCUGAUGGUGGAGAUGUCCACCUCCCGGCCCUGCGCCGCCGCCGCUGCCGCCGUCUCCGCCUCCUUCAGGAAAGAGCGCGCCCCGGCGCCGCUGGCCGGCGGCGGCGGCUGCUCCUCCUCCUCCUCCGGGGGCGAAGCGGCUUCGACCUUGGGCCUGCCGCCUCCCGGCGAGGCGGGCUACAGCCUCAACUACUUCUACCCGCUGCUGCAAGUGGACGAGACGGUGACGGUGCGGGUGACCCACGUGCGCUACCCCGACCGCUUCUUCUGCCAACUGCGGUGCCACUGCCCGGAGCUUGAGCGGCUGCACGACAGCAUGCACCGUUACUAUGACAACAGCCGCGCGCUCGAGGCUCCGCGCAGGCUCGGCUCGCCCUGCGCCGCCAAGAGCGCCGACGGCCGCUGGUACCGCGCGCUCAUCCAGCAGACCCUGGCCGACGGCGUGCUCGAGGUCUUCUACGUUGACUACGGCGACCGCGAGGUGGUGCCGGCCCGCGUCGUCCGCAAGCUCAGCCCCGGCUACUUCAAGAUGCCCGUGGUCACCUACCCCUUCGCGCUCCGCGAUGCCUCCGACUACGGCCGCGGUUGGUCGGCGCGGCACGUCGAGCUGCUCAAGUCGCUGAUCCUGCGCCGGGUGCUGCAGGCCAAGGUGGAGUUCUACAACUCGGUGGAGAACGUCUACUACGUGACCCUGUACCAGGAGGAUGGCUCCACCGUCAACGCGGCUUUCAACGCCCAGGCUGAGAGCCUGCUGUCGGGUUACGGCGAGGAGGGUCGGCCGAGGGCGGAUGGCCAGAAGCUCAACGCGCUUCAGUGCGGCGGCGACUACCUCAUCGGGGACAGGCGGCCCGAAGGGCCCUCCGCCAAACCCAAGGAUCGCAUCUCUCUGCUGAAGAACGCGAAUCUGAAACUGAAUGCAUUUUAUGAUGUCCUAGUUGAAUUUGUGAAAGAUCCUUCAGAGUUUUGGAUCCGAACCAUGGAGACGGCGAGCGAGUUUGAAAAACUCAUGAACAGCAUUGCCAAAAAAUAUGGAAACUUGAGUCGAAAUGAAGGAUUAGUAAAGAAGCCCGAGCCGGGUUUGUUAUGCUGUGCUAAAUUCAGGGCUGAUAACUUAUUUUAUAGAGCUGUUAUUACUGAGAUUCUUGAUGGCAACUUCAGGGUAUUUUUCAUUGAUUAUGGAAACAUGGAAGUUGUGGACUGGCAUGAUGUUAAGGCAUUACUUCCAGAAUAUAGAAAAUUGCCUGCCUUAGCAGUGAAGUGCUCCCUUGCUGACCUCGCACCCAAAGAGGGGACUUGGAGUAGAGAAGCUAUUACCUAUUUUGAAAAGGCAGUGUUCGAAAAACAUCUUGUGGUUCACGUUUUAGAGAAGGAAAUGGACAAAUACUUGAUUGAACUGCUAGAUGUGGAAGAUGAAGGAGAACCCAGUGUGAAUAAGUUAAUCUUGUUGGCAGGUUAUGCUGAUCGCAAAGAAUUUAAAGUCUCAAAUUUCAAUUCAAAGAAUUUGGAUUUAUUGGGCCAUUUACAUAUUUCACAUUCUUCUGAAGAAAUUGUUCACUCACAUAGAAGCAAAAAAGACAAAUUGGAGCAAAGACCAGUGACUCCUGAAAAAAUUAAACCAUUUACCGAGUACUGUGGUACACCAACAGUGGGCUUAAGUGAUUCUCUGACUGCAUUAUUUUCUAGUCAGGGAGAAUUUGAAUGUAAUGAUAGAACAGAAAUGAUGGAAUCUGUAAUUACAGAGUCUCCCUAUAAGCAAGAAUAUCUUAAAGUGGGAAGCACUGUGGAUGUACAAGUUUCUUACAUUGAUGAACCUGGUGACUUUUGGUGUCAAAUGACUAAAAAUACACAUGAAUUGAAGAUACUCAUGAGUAAAAUACAGGAAUAUUAUAACACACAUGAAGAUAAUUUUCAGCCUGGUCAACCUGCUUGCAUUGUAAGGUACUCCGAAGAUGGAAAGUGGUACAGAGCACUGAUCCUUGGAAAAGUGACUGCAAUGGAAGUGGAUGUAUUAUAUAUCGAUUAUGGAAAUAGAGAGAGAGUGCCCAUAAGUGACCUGCGUCUAAUAAAACCAGAGUUUCUUCUUUUCAAAGGUCAGGCGUUUAGGUGCAGUCUUUAUAACAUAAUUCAACCCAUGGGUCCUGAUCCGUUCAUGUGGAAUGAAGAUUCAAUUGCUGCCUUCCAGGAAUUUAUUGAUAAUGCCUUAAGCUUAUAUAUGGAACUCAAAUGCACAGUGUAUGCAUUGACUGUUGUAGAAGGCAAAGGUCUGUGUAAUGUUGUGGAUUUGAACACUCCUUUUCAGAGUGCUUGCCAGUUACUUAUAGAGCGAGGCUUAGCCAAAUUUGUAGGAUCGCCUAGUGUCCUUGCCCCAUCAGUAAGUCUUUAUACCUAUUACUAUUCAACUCAUGAUGUGAAAAUUGGUAGCGAAGAAGAAAUGUAUGUGAGCCAUGUAGCAAGCCCAACAAAAUUCUACUGUCUGCUUGGUAGAAACCUGGGCAUUCUAGAUAAACUUGCAGACAAGGUUAAUAAACUGUCUUCCAAAAUGCAGGGCUAUACUUUUUCACAGGGUGUAGAUCCCAUUUGUCUUGCAAAAUAUACUGAUAACCGGUGGUAUCGUGCUUUGGCAUGGCCCAUACAAGACCGAAUUCGGGUCUCUUUUGUGGACUAUGGCAACAAAUUAGAUAUUGAUAAAGAUGACUUGCUUCCAAUACCUAACAGUGCAAAAGAUGUUAAAUUUCUACCAAUGCAAGCAAUUAAAUGUGGGUUGUCUGAUAUACCAGUUGAUUUAUCCCUUGACAUUAUUAUCUGGUUUAAAAAAGCUGUUAUGGAUAAGCCUUUAAAAGCUGUAGUUGUAGCAAAAGAGACUGAUGGAAAACUGAUUGUUGAACUAUAUGAUGGAAACAUGCAAAUUAAUGCAAAGAUUAAGGAACAGAUAUGCUUGCAGAGUACCAGUGAAACAAAAACAAAUGGAAGUGCAGGAAGGCAAAAAAAUAAAAAUGAAAAGUCAUGCACCCCUUACGUGGCAAAGAGUGAUCAUGAGCCACUGCCUCUCAAAAGACGUAUAGUUGAGGACCAAGGUGAUAAUCGUGAAACUGAGAAGAUAACUGUGUCUACUUGCAAAGAGGACAGGUGGAAGAAUAGAACUGAGGUUGUUUCACAGACUGACGAGGUUGGGCUAAAGAAAUGUGUUCAAAACAAAAUAUGUACAAAGAAUAUAAAAGAAUCUUCAGAUUUCAAAUCCAGUAUGGAAAUUGUAGAUCACAAGUUGGAUGGCAAUUGGGUUGAAAAUCCUAGUAAAAAAAACACUAACCUAACUACACCUUGGCCUAAACUGACAGAUCUCCCUCUGAUGGCAUUGAAUCGUGGUUUUAAAAGUGAGGUAUCUGUUUCACAUGUUAUCAAUCUAUCACACUUUUUUGUUCAGCUUCUCCAAAAUGAAGAUAAAGUAACUGCGAUGGAAGAAAAGUUGAACACAUGUAAUACAAAUGACAGAAAAGUUGGAAAUUUUCAGAUAGGUGAUGUAGUCUGUGCAGAGUUUCCUGAAGAUGGUUCUCAGUACAGAGCUGUUGUAACUCAAAUUUGUGAUGACUUGGUUUCUGUGGAAUAUAUAGAUUAUGGUAAUACUGCAACAGUCGAUGCAUCAAAAGUUUUUCCUCUUUCUAAAGAUUUCUUAGAAGUCCACCGACUUAGCAUACCAUGCUUUCUUGCAGGAUUUCAGAAUUCGAGUUCCAGAGAAAGCAGUAAAGAAGCUGUAUCUGAAUUCGUGAAGAGAACAAGUAAAACUGGAAUAACAUGUGAAUUUAUGCAACGAUGUGGGCAACUGUGGGAGGUUCAUCUUUAUGAUGACAUGGGAUCAAUGGCCAAUUUGCUGAAUAACUUUGAAUUUAGCAGUGGUACGCAAUAUUCUCAGCAACCAACUGAAUAUCCUGUAAUUGAUGUAAGACCUGCUUCAAAGUUCAACGCAUAUGUCUUUGCAGUAAAGUCUCCUCAGCAGUUUUGGUGUCAGUUUAAAACUACAAGUGAUGGCAUUUUUAUUGAGUCACUUGAGAAAAUGGAAGAUGACUCCAAUGAUUUACAGUCCAAAGAUGAUUUGACUCCAAAGGCUGGCAAUCUUUGUAUGGCGAAAAGUAAAGCCCAUAAUAACUGGACUACAUGUGAAAUUGUGCAGGUUUGUAAUGAAGUUAUUGAGGUACUUUUUCUGAAGGAAGGCAUUAAGGAAGAAGUAAACAGUGAAGAUAUAAUUGAGGUAACUCCUGCAUUUACAUUAAGUUAUGAAUGUAAGUUGCAUGGCUUGUUUCCAAUUGAUGGAAAUAUCUGGUCUAAAGAAGCAAUUGAACUCUUUGAAACUUUGGUUUUGUACAAAACUGUAACUGUAAAAGUAAUUAGUGUUUCUGAAGAUAAUGUACUGGAAGUGGUUAUAUAUGACCACUUGGAUAACAUCGUGAGAAACAGACUAACUGCUUCAGGAUUGGGUAUUGAAAAACUGAAUGUGUGUGUACCUGACGUAGCCAGUUAUGGGCGAUACAUCAAGAAACUCCCUUUAGUGGGGCAAACCAUUGAAGGGUAUAUCACUGCAGCGGAAAGUCCUAGUUAUUUUUGGUGUCAGUAUUCAUCCCCUGAAGUUCACAUCUUAUGUAAAAAAAUGAAAGAAGUUGGAGUGCUUGGUGUUACCAACAGGGAAUUACUAUCUGACAUUUCAGUUGGUGACAGUUGUUUUUGUAAAUAUUGUGAAGAUGGGCAAUGGUACAGAGCUGAAGUGAAAAAGAUAAAUGGAAACAUGCUUACUCUGCAAUAUGUUGACUAUGGGAAUGAAGAUGAUGUUGGAAUAGAACAAGUUAAAAAGAUGCCCAAAGAGCUACUGAAGAUUCCCACACAGUCUUUUCUGUGUUGCCUUUCAGGAUAUGAUUUAUCUAAUGGUUCUUGGAAAGAUGGUGCUGUGGAUGCUCUCCUUAAUCUUUCAGAUCAGUUGUUAAAAGUUACUGUGGUAGCAAAUGAAUGCAAAAACGGCAGUUUACCGCCUUUAUUGUAUGUCCAAAUUCAGUAUGUUAAUGGUAUAAUCAAUGAUAUAGUGAGAAAUUUCUGGAAUCCGCAUACUGAUAAACAUGAUGAAAGCAGUCAGUUAUGUGAUAAUUCAUUAAGUACUGGUCAGUUAACCCAUAUAAUGUCUAGCCCUGGUGGCUUAAAUCUAGAAGAUAAACUAUUGCUGGAGCCUAUAACUUCAAACAUAACGUCUGAAGUACCAAAUGCAGAAAACUUUGUCAAUUUGUGUAAAUUGCAUAAUGAGGAAGUGAUGCAUCUUAAAAGCCCAGCUGUAAAUAUACCAGAAGAGAAUAACAAAUGCAUAAUUAACCUUCCGAGUAUUCAGCUGUCUCCAGUAGUGGAUGGUAUAGAUAAUGAAGUACAUAUACUAAAUACGUUAAAGACCCAUCAGCUUGCUGCAUUGUCUACAAUUUCCACUGAAGAUACCAUUGAGACUGUUGUGGUUGACAAAUUUGAAGAUGCUAAGUCUGCUUCAGAUGAAGGAAUGCCUACAACACAGGCUGGUAUGGAUCAAUACUCUUUAAGCAACCAGACUGAAGAUGCAGAUCUUGAAGAAGCUCGAGGGACACUGAAAACAAGUGAAUAUUUGCAGGAAUCUGUGCAGACUAUUGAUUUGUAUGAAGAGAUUUUUAAAUGCCAACAGGAUCAGCCUUUUACAGAGGAGAUUGGUGAUGAUUCCAUGACCCGUAUUCUCAUCUCCCAUGACGACGACGAUGAUGACUACUAUGAAGAUCAAAACUUAUCAGAAGCUCAGGUGAACAGCAGUGAAACAGAGGAACAGUUUGAGAGGGUUCCAACUGCUACGUUGAAUAUCUGCCCAGAAGAAGAUGAAAGUAAAAUUCUUCCCUGUGCUACAAGUCCUCUUAGUGGUGUUAUGAAUAAAGGAUUACAGAUAGCUAUGACUGAAAGAGAUUCUGGGAAAGAAGAAAACAUUUCUUUGAAAGAUACAAUUACUGGCACGGAAAAAGGAUCACCCUUAUUGAUACUUCAGGCUAAUAGUGAUAUAACUUGUAUGGAAGUUCGAAGUGAGAAUGAACACCAGAGCAGUGGGUCAAACUAUCCAAAUAUCAGUGCUGAUGUCUCCCAGAAGGAAAUUGUUGGUUCUGAAGUUCAUUGUGAGGAAGAAGAUGGUCAGAUGCUACAUUCACAUGUGGCAGCAACGGCUGUCGAUAGUGUUGCAUUAGAUAAAGAACAAUUGAUCCACGGUGCCAGUAUCAAAGUUACUGAUGCUGUGCUACCUUCUACCGAAUCAGAAGUUGCAUUUCUUAAACAAAUAGAUCAAAACUAA